AGCUUCUUCACGUAAUCGGUCUGCGCGCCCCGCGGGCGCCCGGCGAUUCACGGGUAGAGCGGGCCGCUGUGGGGGCUCUGGGAAUGAGUGGUUGAGGGACAUGAUGGGGGAGGCGGCCGUGGCCGCAGGGCCUUGCCCGCUGCGCGAGGACAGCUUCACACGCUUCUCGUCGCAGAGCAAUGUGUAUGGGCUGGCAGGAGGCGCGGGCGGGCGCGGGGAGCUGCUGGCCGCCACCCUUAAAGGCAAGGUGCUAGGCUUCCGCUACCAAGACCUCCGACAGAAAAUCCGGCCCGUGGCCAAGGAGCUGCAGUUCAAUUACAUUCCCGUGGAUGCAGAGAUUGUCUCCAUUGACACCUUCAACAAGUCACCCCCAAAGCGGGGUCUGGUUGUGGGGAUCACGUUCAUUAAGGAUUCUGGGGACAAGGGCAGCCCCUUCCUUAACAUUUACUGUGACUACGAGCCUGGCUCUGAGUACAACCUGGACUCCAUUGCCCAGAGCUGCCUAAACCUGGAGCUCCAGUUCACUCCUUUCCAACUAUGCCACGCAGAGGUCCAGGUCGGGGAUCAACUGGAGACCGUGUUUCUCCUGAGUGGGAAUGACCCAGCCAUUCAUCUGUACAAGGAGAACGAGGGACUGCAUCAGUUUGAAGAACAGCCUGUGGAAAACCUCUUCCCAGAGCUCACAAACCUGACCAGUAGCGUCCUGUGGCUUGACGUGCACAACCUGACCGGCACAUCCCGGCGAAUCUCAGCUCUGGGCUGUCAGAGCGGUUACGUCCGCGUCGCCCACGUGGACCAGCAGAGUCGAGAGGUCCUGCAGACAUGGACCAUCCUUCAGGACGGCCCCAUUUCCCGAGUGAUCGUGUUCAGCCUUUCGGCCCCCGAGGAGACGGAGGACAGGCCACAGCGGGAGGAAUACAGCGUGCUGGUGGCCAGCAUGUUGGAGCCGGCAGUGGUAUACCGGGACCUGCUGAGCCGGGGGCUUGAAGACCAGCUUCUCCUGCCAGGCAGCGACCAGUUUGACAGUGUUCUCUGUGGCCUGGUCACCGACAUUGAUCUGGACGGGCGGCCGGAAGUGCUGGUGGCCACCUAUGGACAGGAGCUGCUCUGUUACAAGUACUGCGGCCCCGGGCUCGGGCUCCCCGGGGACCAGCGUGGCUUCCGCUUGCUGUGGCGGCGGGGCUUCUCCAGCCCCCUGCUGGCCAUGGCACACGUGGACCUGACUGGGGACGGGCUGCGCGAGCUGGCCGUGGUCUCCCUGAAGGGCGUGCAUAUCCUGCAGCACAGCCUGAUCCAGGCCUCGGAGCUGGUCCUGACCCGGCUUCGGCAUCAAGUGGAGCAGAGGAGACGUCAGCCACAGAAGUUGGGGGACAGGGUGGGUUCCGGGCCUGUGGAGACCCCGGCUUCCUGAGCGCCCACUCGCCCCCCACCCCAGGUCUGCGGUAGUGCCUUGGGGCGCUCGCCUUCAUGGUGGGGGAAACAUCCUGAAGGAGGGGCUGGUCCCCCCAGACCCACCCCUGGGGUGAUGGAGCCGUGGGUCCUGCUCUGGCCCUACCCCCACAUGCCCUGUGACCCACACUCCCUUCUCUGUGCCUCAGUGUUCCCAUCUGAAAAUGGGACGAUCUCACCCUCCAUGAGAAUCGGUCAGUGGCAAUGAUUUCUAUAUCCAGAGGAACCAAACUCACACUCCCCUCCAUCCUUUUGUUCGGCAAGCAUUUGACAAGGGCCUGUGAUGUGCCAGGCCGAAUGUCCGGAGCCGGAUUUCCCCGGAAGAACUGAGGGAGGGGACUCGGGUCUGGGGAUGCAAAGUCAGACCCAGGAGCAGGACUGAAGUGGAAUCGCAGUGUAGAUUUCAGAGGAAAGAAAGGAAGUUAGGCCCUAUGAGGAAGACUGAAGUUCACCCUCCACAGGAAGACUUCGGGGUUAGACGUUUGCACAUCAGCUCAGGUCAGACCCCAAUGGAAAACUCUGGAUCUUGGGUGAGGGCUCAGUGGAAUCAUAAGGAAAUUGAGCCUCAGAGGAAAGGAUGUGGGUGGAAAGGACUGUCGUGGGAGACUUCCCUGGUGGUCCAGUGGCUUAAGACGCCAUGCUUCCGAUGCAGGGGGGGACCCAGGUUCAAUCCCUGGUCAGGGAACUAGAUCCCACAUGCUGUAACUAAAAACUCACAUGCUGCAACUGAGACAGCCCAACCAAAUGAAUAAAUAAAUAUUUAAA